ACUGGAGUGAUACUGGGCUCAUGCAUCUGCUAAGAGUUUUGUUUGAAAUAAAGCAUGGGGUAGAAAAGCACCCCCCACGUAGAAGACCUCCAGGACAUGAGCAUGGUCCAACACUUUCUUCUCACUGGGCUUUGGCUCCAGCAUCCAUGCUCUUUGCCCCACACCAGGCUGUUUGAUUCUGUGGCCCUCUUCCCUUGUCCAUUUUACAACUGAGGCCAGGUUGAAGAAGUGGGUGGUGUGCUUUAGGAGGCCACCCCAAGCAGGCAGCAAGCAGCAGCUUGACCUCAGGUAACCCAAUAGAAUGACCGAUCGUCCUAGGGUCAAGUGCACCAGCUGCCAAAGGGAAAAGCUUCCCUCGAACUGGCAUUGCAAGCAGCUGCAGGAAGAGCUGGGCCCUUGCUGAGGCAGGGCGUGGAACUGAAAUGACCCCCAGAAGGUUGGCAGGUCUGUCCCUGGGCAGACGGAUCACCAGAUACGGACGUCAGGGCCCAGACUCUGGAAUUGGCUUAGAGCUGUGUCAACCCAGCGGCUGGGUCUUGGCAUCCUUUCAAUCUGCCGUCUGAGCCAAAGCCUAGAAAUAGUGCUGGGGCAGCCUGGCCGGCUCAGUGUGCAAGAGGAGGCAGCCAUGCAGGUGCUCAACAAGCGCUACCCCAAGAACUGCCUGCUGACCGUCAUGGACCGGUACUCAGCCGUGGUACACAACAUGGAGCAGGUGGUGAUGAUCCCCAGCCUCCUGCGGGACGUGCAGCUGAUCGGGCCUGGGGAGCAGGCCGAGGCCCCCGAUCUCUACACCUACUUCACCAUGCUCAAGGCCAUCCGUGUGGAAGUGGACCACGGGCUGCUGCCGAGGGAAGAGUGGCAGGCCAAGGUGGCAGGCCGCCAGGCCGACAAAGCCGAGAACGAGGAAGCUGUCGCCGUGGAGGCUGAGGAAGAGAGGAGCUCCAGAGAGGUGGACCUGGAAGCCCAGUUCCAUCUGCACUUCUCCAGCCUGCACCAUAUCCUCACCCACCUCACUCUGAAAGCCCAGGAGGUGACGAGGAAGUACCAGGAAAUGACAGGACAGGUCCUGUAAGGCCUCCAGCUCUGAGGAAGAUCACGCCACACAAGAGGCAGCCUCUGGGACGAGGACCCACAGUGAUUCGUCAGCCCUGCGAGCAGAAAGGCCUGGACCUGUAGCUGUGCAGGCCAAGUUGGCCCAGGAUGCUUCCCUACUUCCCUGCAAGCUCCAGUUUGCGGACUCGUCACUGGCUCACCUUAGGGUGUUUGUCGCUGCUUAGUUCCUUUCCCUCCUUACCAACGUGGGGUGGUGACCAGUGGUUCACGAGCACCACCUGUCCAGUGUGGGAUCGCAGAAUGAGCAGAAUGUCAGCACAGGACCAGUGUUCACGUCCCUCCUGUGGGGUGUCAUCCCAUGGGAUGUCAGACACGGUCACCCACCAGGGCCUGAAUCCCCCCUCACACAAAUCGGGAGUCUGAAUCUACCUCACAAGGUUACAGAAAUGAAACAAGACGAAUCAAAAGUACCUGGCAUGUGAGAGCUAUUGUAAUAGGCUGAUUUUUUUCUCACCCUGUCCUAUGUAUCUGCUCUAGUCCUUGCUGUUUUACAGAACUAAGAAGUAACAGAGGCCAUUGCAGUAAGUGGCUCACCCUGCUGUACCUGCUCAACCCUGACUAAACAGAUUAACUAUAAAUAAACGUAUUUAUUGUAGUAGCAAUUUAAGAAAAAAAAA